AUGAACGCUGACAGCUGCUGCGCGUUUCCCCUUCUGCUCUCGCAGCGUUUGCAGAUCCACCGCCAUGGCGCGCUGCUUGUUGGCGGCGCUCGCCACGGCGGCCGCCGUGGCCUUCGUGGCGCCCGUGGCGCCGCGCGCCGCGCCGCGCGCCGCGCGCGCGCGAGGCCGCCGCGCCGCUGGCGGGGCCUCCCGGCGCCGGCGCCGGCGCCGGCGCCGGGGGCCGGGGCCGGCCAUGGCUGCGGCGUCGCGGCGCUGGUGGCUAUGGCGGCCGGCGCGCUCAUCGUGCAGAACAAAGGCGGGGGGCACGGAGAGAUCGGGUACCACCUGGCGCUGAAACUGGCGAAAGAGAAGGGACUCAAGGUCACCAUGAUCCAGGACAGCGCCUGCAAGCAGGACAAGCCGCCCUUCAACUGCUACAAUGAUUUGGUUCAAGCGGGCGUGGACAUCAAAGUGGCAGAUCUGGGUGGAGGCUUGUCUGCAGCCAUCCAGGGAGUGCAGCCCUGCGAGUAUGUCUUCGACAACGAGAAUGUGUGCCCCAAGGAUGUCCAAAACUUGGUCAAGCCUUGGAACCCAAAGGUGUAUGCAUAUGUGAGCUCUGGUGGUAUGUAUUUGCCGGUGCCCAAAGAUGGUGCCCUCGUUGAAGGGGGAGCUGUGAAGCUGGACAACAAGCAGCUAUCCAUUGAGAACCAUGCGCGAGGCCUUGGGCUCAACUGGUGCGCCUUUCGACCUCAGUAUAUCUACGGCCCAAAGACCAAUAAGCGGGACUACAUCGAUUGGUUCCUGGACCGCAUCACCCGGGAUGUGCCCUUCCCGCUUCCCAAAGAUGGCUCGCUGUUCACGACCUUGACCAAUGCCGAGGACGUGGCGGGCAUGAUGGCCAGCGUCGUUGGAAAGGAGGCGGAGGCCAAGGGCGAGAUCUUCAACUGCGCUGGGAACGAGCUCCUAUCCCACAGAGAAGUCGUGCAGGUGAUCGCAACAGCCUUGGGAAAGGAUGCCAAAGCUGUGUUGUCCAAGGUGGUUUUCUAUGACCCAGCUGCCUUGAAGGGCCUGGAGCUUCCCAAGGAGGGCAAGUUCCCUUUCCGCGAGACCAACUUCGGCGUGUCGGUGAAGAAAGCGAUGAAGGAAUUGGAUUGGCAGCCGCUUCACACCUUUCAAGGGGACAUUGCCGAGUACUUCGCGGAGUACUGCCGCCUUGGCAAGGAUCAAGGCCCAGUGAAGCGAGCCUGGGAUGAGGCUGUGAUGAGAGUGGCCAUGAGCGCAGCCUGA